CAAAUGCGACGAAGCUUUAAAAUUAGUCAAAGGUACAUUUAUUUACAUAUAGAUAAACGUUAUCACGUGCGGAUAUUUUAACCACGGAGAAACGUAAGGACUGCACCGAGAAAAAAAAUGGCUACCUUGUGGGAGCGGAUGAAUGGGGUGUAUGAGUGGUCCGUAGAAGUGUCAGAUCCUAGAACUGAGAACUGGUUGUUGUUAUAUUCACCAUGGCCAGUCACCGUGAUAUUCUUUCUCUACUUGUUUAUUGUGUGGGCGGGGCCAAAAUACAUGAAGAACAAGUCUCCCGUGCCGCUAAAAGCCGCCAUUAUACCAUAUAACCUGGGCUUGGUUGUGUUGUCGGUUUACAUGUUCUAUGAGUUUUUCAUGUCCGCUUAUUUAGCGGGGUAUAGUUUAAAAUGUCAGCCGGUCGAUUAUUCCAACAGUCCAUUAGCAUUACGGAUGGCAAACGUGUGUUGGUGGUUUUUCUUUUCCAAGGUGAUAGAACUCUUAGAUACGGUAUUCUUUAUAUUACGGAAGAAGAAUGAGCAAGUGACGUUUCUACAUGUAUAUCAUCAUUGUACAAUGAUCAUUAACUGGUAUCUAGGUGCUAAAUAUGUUGCAGGAGGACAAUCAUUCUUUGUAGCAAUGUUGAAUUCUUUCGUACAUAUAUUUAUGUACGCCUAUUACGGGUUGGCAGCUAUUGGACCACAUAUGCAAAAAUACCUCUGGUGGAAAAGAUAUUUAACUCGCAUGCAGCUUAUACAGUUCCUAGCAUUUGUAGUACAUACAGGCUAUAACCUUAUGAUUGACUGUGACUUUCCCAGGGGAUUCAACAUCGCCGUGUUUCUGUACGCAGUCUCUUUGAUUGCUCUCUUCGGUAACUUCUACUACAGGACUUACACCAACAAGAAAGCGCACAGACAGUAGAACUUUAGUACUAUAGAAAACCAUGUUUAACCAAAGUCCAGUAUAUACAGUAUUGCUUUAAAGGGGAAUGCCUCCAGAUCAACGUAAAUAAUAAAACGGGUGGUAAUUUAGAUACAGAAAAUGAUAAACCAGACUGUUUUGGAUACUAUUAGAUAUUUCAACAUUUAUGAUACAAAUACAGAUAACUUCCUUUACACUUCAUGAAAAAAAGUCAGUUAUUACAGAUAAAAAAAAAUCUUGAAACGCACGUGAUCACUUUUCAAUUUCUUUCUAUUCCAGUUACUAACUAAAGAAAGUUUUUUAUUUCUAAUUUUUAAGCAAACUGACAUAAAUCAGUAGGCGUGCAGCUUUAAGGUUUACUACAAAAAUAAAACCAUUUAUUGUCUUUUUUAAAAUCGAAGCGUACAGUAUAAAUACAUUCAGUUCAUUUCGAAAGAUUUUUGUCGAAUAAGCGUACUUUUUAUAAAUUAAAAUGAGUUUUGAUCGAAGAUCUAAGUUAUUUAAUAUCCGUUACUUUGGAUUUGUUAUGUUAACUGUUAACGUUCGUGUUAAACGAUUUUUGAUUUUAAAAGCAUUAUUAAUUCGUUCACUUUGCAUGUGUUCUUUUCAUAUAGAGGUUCGCAUUUCCUGGUAAAAACCAAGUACACUUCUACGUAAGUGGGAGUAGAAUUAUAUGGGUUUUGCUGUAAAACUGUUGACAUGUGAAUUCUUGCCAGAGUUAGAAACCGUUCAAAAUACAUAGUGUACAUAUA